GUACUAACCCUUUUCAGCACCUCAAAUCCCCACAGUGGAUGUUCGGAAACGGACUAUACUCGUGCCACAAUACUCAUAGAGGAAUUAAACAUACCUCCCCAGCUGGGCGGGUCCAUUAUCACUAAUCAUCAGUCUUACCUCUCGAUACAAUUUCGAACCUAAACAACUAUUCACUGAGAGAAAAAUGGCACCCCAUGCGACUGGUCCAGCUCCCGAGCUUGGGCCGUACACCGCACCCCAGCCACCGGUCCAUCCAACCGCAGAAAGGAGGGACACCGUCGUCCUCGUCGACUCGGACCGUACUACUUACACCGAGGAGCACAUCACUGCCAAGUUCACGUACCGUGGUGCGCAAGUGACGCGGGAGGGCGGGGACAUCAAGGUCACGCCUACCAAGGAGGAGUUUGAAUUCCGCACUAAGAGGAAGGUGCCCAAGCUCGGAAUCAUGAUCAUCGGGUUGGGUGGGAACAACGGGUCGACGUUCACGGCCACCAUCCUCGCGAACAAGAACCACGUUACGUGGUACACGAAGGAGGGGAUCCAAGUACCCGACUAUGUCGGAAGUGUCCUGCGUGCAUCAACGGUGCGCCUCGGCACAGAUCCCGGGACAGGGAAGGACUUUCACCUCCCGGUGUGCGACCUUCUCCCCAUGGUGCACCCGAAUGACAUCACCAUCGGUGGGUGGGACAUCUCCAGCCUCCCUCUGGACGAAGCCAUGCGCCGGGCUGAGGUGCUGCCCUACGAUCUGCAACGUCAGCUCGUCCCGCUCAUGCGGGGGAUCAAGCCUCUACCGAGUGUCUAUUACCCGAGCUUCAUCGCCGCUAACCAGGGCGAGAGGGCGGACAACGUCAUUCCCGGCUUGAGCAAGCGUGAUCACCUCGACCACCUCCGCAAAGACAUCCGCGAGUUCAAGGUGGCGAAUAACCUCGACCAGGUCAUCGUCUUCUGGUCCGCUAACACCGAGCGGUACAGCGCUAUCAUCCCCGGUGUGAACGAUACGAAGGAAGCCCUGCUCGCAAGCAUCGACGCCAGCCACCCGGAAGUGUCGCCCUCGACGCUCUUCGGCGUCGCCGCCGUGCUCGAAGGUGUGCCGUACAUCAACGGAGCGCCGCAGAACACCUUCGUUCCGGGACUGAUCCAGCUUGCUGAGUCCCGCCGCGCGUUCAUAGCAGGCGACGACCUCAAGUCGGGGCAGACGAAGAUGAAGUCCGUGUUAGCAGAGUUCCUCGUCAACGCGGGUAUCAAGCCUCUUUCCAUCGCGAGCUACAACCACCUGGGCAAUAACGACGGGUACAAUCUCUCGGCCGAACCCCAGUUCAAGAGCAAGGAGAUCUCCAAGUCCUCCGUGGUGGACGAUAUGGUCGCUGCUAACCACCUCCUCUACAAGCCCGCUGCGCAGAUGGCCAAGGAGUCCGGUGAUCCUAAGGCGAAGCCAGAACACCCAGACCACAUAAUCGUCAUCAAGUACGUGCCCGCGGUGGGAGACUCCAAGCGCGCACUGGACGAGUACUACUCUCGGAUCCUCAUGGGCGGAAGGAGCACGAUCAGCAUCAUGAACGAGUGCGAGGACUCGUUGCUCGCGACGCCGCUUAUCAUGGACUUGUGCUUGCUGGCGGAGCUUCUGACGAGGGUACAGUACCGCACUACGCCAGAGGAGGAGUUCAUGCCGCUGUAUAGCGUGCUCUCCCUCCUGAGCUAUAUGCUGAAGGCGCCGCUUGUCAAGCCCGGCACUGAAGUCGUCAACGCCCUCUCAAGACAGCGGUCGGCGCUGGAACAGUUCCUCAAGGCCUGCCUAGGGCUGGACAACUCCGGUGACCUGUUGCUCGAAACUAGGACCUGGUAACCGGGUUGACGCACCGAGUCUCCAAAUACCAAAGUAUAGAUCAUGUUUAUUAAGAAUUCGCGUCCUGCAGCUGUUUGAAUGAGAAAACCCCUGAAAAC